GUGCUCUGUCGCUCUCUACAUGACCUCUCACUCUCUGCGGAAGCCACGACGAAGUCUAGGAAACUGUUCGAGUUCGCAGCCAAUGACUUCGACCUGUCCAAGUACGGGCCUCCUUUGAAUCUUCAUAGUGGCAACCUCAUCUUCCUUAGAUGUGAUUCUGCCAGUCUGUGCGAGCUGGCCAAGGCGAUGUUGCGGUGUAAGGACACUAGCAUUGAGAAGAAAAAAGUUUUCUCACGACUCUGCUCGACUGGGACAGCAGUAGAUGACCCCGAUGUGCUGGUGGCUAUAGCAAUAUCGGGUGUCUGGGACAGCGAGUACUUUAUAGAGGCCUCGCAACGACAAUUGAAAAUGAAAUCAAAAUCGGCGGAGCGAAGCAUAUAUGUCUACUAUGCUAUAGCAUAUGGCCUUAAUUUCCACAUCGAAAGUGGUUGGGCUGAUGACACUACGCCCCAACCGGAGCCAGAGGCGGUCUGGUCCUCGUCAGAAGCGUGGGCUGCUACGUACGACCAGGGUCCAUCUGGCUUCGUUUACUCCUCUUCUUAUUACUUCAGAGCCUCUCGACUACGCCUAUUUGAGCUGGCCGCUCAGUUAUCACAACCGUCUCGAUUGAGCCAAUUUAGUGGGCUGGACUUGGAAGCUCUCAGCUCCUUGUUGUGGGCGUUGGCAGCUACGCGUGUUUGGGAUGAGAAAUUGGUUCUCUACUGCUGCGCCCACCUUGUACAUCGACUUGAUACAGGUGGUAGUGACAACGGCAUGAGCCAGGAAGCUGUGAACGACUGUCUGGUACGGGCACUGUGGGCCUUGGGAAUGCUGAAUGUACCUCUUAUGAAGCUCGGCAAGGCUGUUGUUACUUUAAUUCACCAACUGAGCAAGAGGAUGGGGACCUUAUCCGUAUCCAAUCUGGUCAACCUCAUGAUACCACUAUGUGUCUUCAUGCCUUCGACUCUUCUCAAGCAGCAUGGCGGUUCGGAGGUGCUCAAUGCUGCUUGUGGGCGUUUGGUAGAGGCCCUCACAGUCCAGCUUGCCAAGUCCUAUAGGCCCGACUGGAUGGCCACAGCGGCUAAGGCCUUGUAUUUCGCCAGAGUCGUUGGGAGGGUACCGUCAUCCUCUGGUCUCAACGAUUCAUCGUUAUCUGCUAUAUUGGGCGCGCGAAAGUGUGCAUCUCUACCGCGGCUGUCGAUGAAGGCGGCAACUCAGUUGGGAGUUGUCUGUCAUGGUGUUAAGGCGGAUGGAAUCCGUGUUAAUGGCAUGGCCCUCGGGCUCUUCCCUUUUGAUGUUGUCUAUGACAAUUCAAAAGAGGUCGUCGAGAUAGAGCGGCCCAAUGAGUUCAUCAGAACCAUCGAG